AUGGCACUACUACGACUACUGAACUUGGCAUUAGUUUUCUCCUUACUACCUGCCUCCAGCGAAGGUCUCACGAUAAGAGACUUGACCGCCCAAUACGUCACCCCGUCCUUCUCAGGCGAGCCGGCACGGGACCUGCACGCAAAGGCUAAGCUCUACACAAAGCUAUCAGGGCACCCAAGCGCGGUUUUCAGCGGCAACCCAGAGUCGCUGAAGCUGUCCUACGGAGCUAAAAGCUCCGACGCAAUGCACGUGUUGCUCAAGUUCGCGAAACAGGAUAACGGAAAGGUCGAGAUGCUGUCGUCGGUCGAGGUCACGAAGGGCUACUACGACGGCGGUUACCUGGUCAACAAUCCUUCAGUCUUGCACACCGAGGUGGACAUCAGUGUUCGCCGCCAGCGCCAGCAGCACGAGGUUACGCAGCCUGCGCGCCGUCACGGUGUCUUGUACGAUGUCUUCUUAUACUUCUUGACCGCGUACACUACGCCACCUCUGGAUUACGCCGGCAUGGCGUAUGUGUCCGUGGCCUUCUCUGUCAGCUUCCACCUCGGGUGCGUCGUCCGGAGCCAUGUUGAGCGGAACCACCCUCGGCCGCGCCAGCGUCUGGUUGGUGUACGCAGAAGACAAGUACGGAAACAGCCUCGCUCGGCAACGGCGACUACGAAGAUAAUCAACAAGCGGCGGAAGCUUCGAGUCCUCCGCAACUCGGAUGGGGAUUGUGCGCCGUACAACAGCGUUGACACCGGAGUGCAGACAUUGGCUGCCGACCCAGGAGCCCUAACAUGCCCCAGUGCAGUUACCAGCGGGGUGGAGCAGACUGGCGAAUCGCGUCCGCGGCGAUGGUCGUCGGGAAACCUCAUAGAGAACCUGAUAUUACGAGACGCGGAGGAAUGGACUGAUGUGUCGAAGUAG